AUGCUGCCACUGCCCCUUCUGGCUGUCAAAGCCUCGACAACCUGCUCUGCUGCCACUGCCCCUUGUGGCUGUCAAAGCCUCAACGACCUGCGCUGCUGCCACUGCCUAUUCUGGCUGUCAAAGCCUCAACGACUUGCGCUGCUGCCCCUGCCUCUUCUGGCUGUAAAAGCCUCGAUGACCUGCGCUGCUGCCGCAGCCCCUUCUCACUGUCAAAGCCUCGAUGACCUGCUCAGCUACCACUGCCCCUUCUGGCUGUCAAAGCCUCGACGACCUGCUCUGCUGCCGCAGCCCCUUCUGGCUGUCAAAGCCUCAAUGACCUGCGCUGCUGCCACUGCCUCUUCUGGCUGUCAAAGCCUCGACGACCUGCGCUGCUGCCGCUACCCCUUCUGGCUGUCAAAGCCUCCACGACCUGCUAUGCUGCCACUGCCCCUUCCGGCUGUCAAAGCCUCGAUGACCUGCGCUGCUGCCACUGCCUCUUCUGGCUGCUAA